UUCUUCACGGGAGAGGUGUGUGAGGGUGCACAAGAGAGCUAGUUGAUUCUCGGUAGAACUGAUGUGGUUCAAGGGGUGUCGGAAGGAGGGGAGUGUGAGGUUCCUGCUUCUCUGAGAUUGGAAUCAGUUGAGGGGCAAAUAAGGCAGCUGGACGGAAUUUAGGGCCCCCUUGGAUCUGGGUUCACUUUACUGUGCACGUUCUAGAUGUUUGAACUUUAGAGCUCGGUUGAACAGAGAUAGCCCGUGUCCAAGUGGAUCUCUUGAGCUUUCUGCACGCCAGCACUGCAGUUGCUGUGGCGCUGCAGGAGGUGCUCUGUUCCCACCCCCUCCUUGUAGCACUCUUCUUUUCUCCGGUUCCAGGAGCCGUGGAAAGAAAUGCUUUUGCCCUCUCCCAUGGCCUCUGGAACCAGUGGAAACUUUCCCUCUAACCAGAAAGCCCUCAUACCCUUAUUCAUCAAAGACCCUUGGUCUGGAGUCUUCCUCCUUUCUUCCACAUCUUCCUUUUCCCCACUGGGCUCCCUUAGAGCAGAACCAGAGGUUCCCAACUCGCUGCCUACAGUUGUGUCUUCCCUGUGCUCAUGGCAAAGUCAGCUACCAGUCCCAGUUCACCUCUCCGGGCAGAGGAUCUCCUGAGUGAUUCAUCAGAAGCCCCUGGGCUGAAUCAAGAGUCCUCUGAGGUGACCUCCCAGCUCUAUACUUCUUUGCACCUCAGUCGUCAGGCAGAGGCAACAGCCCGAGCUCAGCUGUAUUUACCUUCCACCUCUCCACCUCCUCAUGAAGUGUUAGACGGCUUGGCUCAGGAACUCAGUCACAGCUUGUCAAUUGGAUUGGAAAACAACUUGAAGAAAAAGGAUGGUUCCAAGCAUAUCUUUGAGAUGGAAAGUGUUCGGGGUCAACUCCAGAGCAUACUCCAAACCUCACGAGAUACAGCCUACCGGAAUCCCCUUGCUCCAGGUGCUGACUCAGAGAGACGGGAAGAGGACUCCUUUGACAGUGACAGCACAGCCACCUUGCUUAACACCCGGCCCGUGCAAGACUUGUCUCCAUCCAGCUCAGCCCAAGCCCUGGAGGAAUUGUUCCCCCGCUAUACCAGUCUUCGACCAGGACCCCCAAUCAAUCCCCCAGACUUUCAGGGGCUCAGAGAUGCACUGGAUUCAGAGCAUACUCGUCGAAAGCAUUGUGAGCGCCACAUUCACAGCCUGCAGACCCGAGUGCUAGAACUACAACAGCAGUUAGCCGUGGCUGUGACUGCUGACCGCAAGAAAGAUAUCAUGAUUGAACAACUGGACAAGACCCUGGCCCGAGUGGUGGAAGGCUGGAACCGGCAUGAAGCUGAGCGGACAGAGGUGCUUCGGGGACUCCAGGAGGAACGACAGGCAGCUGAACUUAAUAGAAGCAAGCAGCAGGAGACAGUAGCCCGUCUGGAACAAAGCCUUUCUGAGGCCAUGGAAGCCCUGAAUCGCGAGCAGGAAGGUGCCAGAUUACAGCGACGGGAGAGAGAGACGCUGGAAGAAGAAAGACAAGCUCUGACUUUGAGCUUGGAGCUAGAACAGCAGCGCUGCAGGGCCCUGCAGGAAGAACUGGAUGAGGCUCGGACUGGACAACUCAGUGAGCAUCGACAGUUAGAAACACUUCAGGUUGUUAUAGAAGAAGAGCGGCAGACCUGGAGCCAGCAAGAGCACCAGCUUAAGGAGCGCUACCAGGCGCUGCAGGAAGAGGGCCAGGCUCAGUUGGAAAGGGAGAAGGGGAACACCCAAAGGGAGGCCCAGGCAGCCCGGGAGGCCCAGCAGCAGUUGGCACUGGUGCAGUUGGAGGUGCGGCGGUUGGAAGGCGAGCUGGAUGCAGCUCAGAGAGAGAGAGAUGCCCUACAGCUGGAAAUGAGCUUGGUACAGGCCCGGUAUGAAAGCCAGCGCAUCCAGAUGGAGUCAGAGCUAGCUGUGCAGCUGGAGCAGCAGGUGACAGAGCGGCUGGCUCAGGCUCAGGAGAGCAGCCUGCGGCAAGCAGCCUCCCUGAGGGACCAUCACAGAAAGCAGCUGCAGGACCUGAAUGGGCAGCACCAGCAGGAACUGGCUGCGCAGCUGGCUCAGUUCAAGGUGGAAAUGGCUGACCGAGAGGAGAGGCAGCAGCAGGUGGCUCAGGACUAUGAGCUGAGACUGGCCCGGGAGCACGCACGAGUACGGGAACUGCAGAGUGGGCACCAGCAGCUGGAGGAGCAGCGGGUCGAGUUGGUGGAGCGACUCCAAGCCAUGCUGCAGGCCCACUGGGAGGAGGCAAACCAGCUGCUCAGCUCUACCUCCCUACCUGCCAACCCCCCGGCUCCUACUACCCGCCCUUCCAGCCCUGGGCCUCAGGAACCAGAAAAGGGGGAGAGGAGGACCUGGACUGUGCCUCCAGUGGCUGCUGUGGCCCUGAAGCCUGUACUGCAGCAGAACCGGGAAGCCAGGGAGGAGCAGCCUGCAGUACCACCUGCUCUCUGCAGCUCCUCCCCAGAUAUCAGCCUCCUGCUGGGCCCCACUUUCCAGAGCCAGCAUUCCUUCCAGCCUCUGGAGCCAAAGCCAGACCUCACUCCACCCUCAGUUGGGGCCUUCCAUGCUGAUGACAGAGCAGAACGGCCAUUCCCUGUGGAAGAUCCUGGAUCCAAUGGGGAUGGUUUCCUAAGGCAAGAGUUGCCACCCCCGCAGGUUGAGGGCCUCAAGCAUUUUUUGCAGCAGCUGCUUGAGACAGUUCCCCAGAACAAUGAAAACCCUUCUGUUGACCUGCUGCCCCCUAAGUCUGGUCCUCUGACUGUCCCAUCUUGGGAGGAAGCCCCUCUCAUGCCACGCCUUCCACCCCCUGUCCAUAAAACAAAAGUACCCUUAGCCAUGGCAUCGAGUCUUUUCCGGGUCCAUGAACUUCCCCCAGCCCAUUCACAGGACACUGUCCCCAGAGGUGGCUCCCCAGAGAGAGGUGGAGAUGGGCUUGCAUCCACGAGGCAGCUGAUGGAUGUGUCUCAGCUGUUACGACUGUACCAGGCUCGGGGCUGGGGAGCACUGCCUGCUGAAGAUCUGCUGCUCUGCCUGAAGAGACUGGAACAUAGCGGGACUGAGAGCCGAGGGGAGAAUGUCCCCAGAAGGACGGCUGACUCCCGCUUGGGUGAGAUCCCCCGGAAAGAGAUUCCCUCCCAGGCUCUCCCUCGCCGCCUUGCUACAGCCCCUAAGACGGAAAAGCCUCCAGCACGGAAGAAAAGUGGACAUCCUGCCCCUAGUAGCAUGAGGAGUCGGGGGGGCAUCUGGAGAUAAGCACCAUUCUCCUCUUCUUGGUUCUCUUAUUAGCUGAAUAAAUGUUUAGCCUGUUUUAGAGUCUCUGACACAUAGGAAAUUUGAAAAUGGAGAUUUUAUAGGAAACAUUUUUGUAAAGAACUGCAUUUAUAUUUACUCAUCCUUUUGAGUAUAUUUUUAUUUUAUGUUCUAUAGAAAAACACAUGAAUUCUUUGAAAGAAAAGAGUCCGUAGCUAGGUUUUAGCAAGAUAAGUAAGGUUCAGUGUUUUGAGAGUAAAACAGAGUGAUUGGCUGUGGCUGGUAGUAGAAUUAUAGAUGAUUUUUACUCUCUUUUUCAUGUAUUUCUGUGUUUCCCAAAUAUUUGAAAACAAGUAUGCACAACUUAAUAAUCAGAAAAGCCAAGCUUUUAAUAAAAAAGUAAGUUGUUAUAUAUAAAGAGUUUGAGUAAAAACUUGAUUGCUGGCAAUACAGUUUUCUCUUGUAAGAGCAGGUAAUUCAGAUUGUAUUAGUGGGAUUCUGACUGACAGAUUCUGCUCCAGUCAGCACACAUACUGUGGCAGUAAUCUUUUCUCAUAAAAUAUCAUAGUGUGGCAAGGAAAAAAAUAAAAGCCUCGA